AAAUCUACGAUAUUUAGCUUAAAAACCUACACAUAUUUCUAAUAACUAACAGCACUAACUAGCUGACACUCACCUUUGAAUAUGAGAAUUUUAGUUACUUUUUUGUGUUUUAGUGUUUUACAUGCUAGCUAUUCAGAGACUUUCCAAGAAUGUGGAUUAAUAAAAGAAUCCGUAAUGUCUCCGUUAAUUAUGCACGCAUCACCCACGACAUCCGCUAAUUGGCCUUGGUACACUGCCAUUUAUUUGCACACCAAAAAGGACACGUGGGAGUUCUCUUGCGGAGGCUCUAUAUUGUCGGAAAGGCUUGUUAUUACAGCUGCCCAUUGUCUUUGGACCGUACCAGCUACUGAAAUUAAAGUAACAGCUGGAAGUUCUUUCAGUGAUUUUGAUAGAGAGGAACCUGGCAAACAGAUUGCCGAUGUAAGCGAAGUGAUAAUACACGACCUCUACUUCGACGCAUUGGGAAACUUCGGAUCGGAUAUUGCCUUAAUUAAAUUAAAAACGCCAUUUGUAGUUGGUGAUUUUGUGCAGGUAAUUUGCCUGGAUCUGAAUUUGAGAAACAUUAUGGAUUUGGAUAAUUUUACUAUGGAAGGAAAGGUCAUAGGAAUGGGCAUAACCGAAUCAGGCUCUACAUCAUUAAACUUACAAGAGGCACGAGUUGAGUUAGUAAGCACAAAGGGCUGCAUAGACAAUCAAAUGAGUGAAUUUAAAAAAUACGUGACCGUUGCCACGUUCUGUGGCAAAGGAAUAAACGGUUCGGUUAUAUGUAAUGGCGACAGUGGUGGAGGAUUCGCUAUAAAAGACCCGGUCACUGGGAAAUGGAUGCUAGAAGGUGUGGUCAGCAUUAGCCCAAAAGAUCCUCGGAACAUCACGUGCGAUCCAAAAUAUUACACUAUAUUUACAAAAGUCGGAUUGUUUGUAAGUUGGAUUAAAAGAUACGUUAACGAUAGUAAUGAAUAAAUAUAUCACUUAGUGUUUAUUUUAUUUGUACUUGCAAAUUAUUUAUACAAUAAAUCAUGUAAUUGUAAUUUU